UUAUGUUCAACUUCAAAAUGAUUCUUCUGUUGAACUUCAAAACCAUGUUCGCAAUCGCACUCCAAAGGAUUCUCUUCAACAGCAAGAAUCCGAUUCUGUCGAUAUUAAAACUUCAAAAAAAAUUCUAGACAUGGUUCGAUCACAACAGGAUGAGAUUUACAGAGAAGAUGCUUUGGCUAAUUCAUCAGAACACACAUACAGUGAUGCUUCUGCUAAAAAGAUUUCAAAAUAUGCUGCCAUCAAAGAGCAAAGGCGGAAACAAAAGGAUGAGUCUGAUGAUGAACAAGAGGACGAUGAAAAUGAACUCGCUGAAGGGGAUUAUGAAGACUUUGAACACGAUGAGUCUGAUUUGAGAAUCGAUGCUGGAGAUGAGAAACUUAUGGAAAAGUUUAUGAACAAGGAAACAAAAAAACAAAUUAACUUGUCGGAUCUCAUCAUGAGUAAAAUUCAAGCUACUAACGAUACAAUGGCUCAAGAUCAAGAAACUCGCAAUGAAAUACCAAGACUCAACCCCAAGGUUGUCGAGGUGUACACAAAGGUUGGCAUUCUUCUUAGCCGAUACCGUUCUGGACCACUCCCAAAGCCAUUCAAAAUUAUCCCCACUUUGCGUGACUGGGAAGAGGUCUUAUAUAUUACCAAACCAGACCAAUGGACUCCUCAUGCCAUGUAUCAAGCUACUCGAAUUUUUGUAUCCAAUUUAAAGUCCAAAAUGGCUCAAAGAUUCUUUAGUUUGAUUCUUAUGGACCGUAUUCGUGACGAGAUUCAGGAAACUAAAAAACUCAACUAUCAUCUCUACAUGGCAAUUAAAAAGGCUCUUUACAAACCUGCUGCAUUCUUCAAAGGGUUUCUUCUUCCAAUUUGCGAAUCGGGUACAUGCACUUUACGCGAAGCUGCCAUCCUCGGUAGUGUUUUAAUUAAAGUAUCUGUUCCAAGUCUCCACGCUGCUGCUGCUCUUUUGAAAAUUGCCGAAAUGGAGUACACGGGUCCCAAUAGUCUGUUUAUCCGUAUUCUUUUGGAUAAAAAGUAUGCUUUACCAUUCAAGGUCAUUGACAGUCUUGUGUUCCACUUUUUAAGGUUCAAAAGAGACCAAAGAGAGUUGCCUGUGUUGUGGCAUCAAGCAUUAUUGACAUUUUCUCAAAGGUACAAGGAAGAUCUGACUGGUGACCAAAAAGAAGCACUGUUGGAUUUGAUCAAACACAAAUCGCAUGAAUCUAUCACGCCCGAGAUCCGUCACGAAUUACAAAACUCUGUAUGCAGAGGUGAAAGCAAAGACAUUCCUGAAGAAGAUAUCGAGAUGGGUGUUGAAUUCUAAAGCACAUUCAACGUAGACAUUUCAAUAAACUUGAUCAUUUUACCAC